CUGGAUUCUGAUAUCCUGAAUGGCCGACAAUUAACACACAAAACAUAAGUUGUAACUCCCGUGCGUCGUUAGCGUCGUUUCCACACUGAGACUCAGUCUGUUAUUUUUACCUACGUCGAUUCCCUUGAAAACCGUCAAACUGUGGCCGCAACAGCAGACUAUGGGCCCCAAGAAGCACAAAAAACAUAAACGAGAACGACACGAAGACCUCCUAACACCGGACAAACCACCAGCCCUAAAACUAAUCCUAAAAGUUGGUGGCAGCAGCGGUACUCCCGAGUACGGUAACGACUCCCCGAGUCAAUCAGCCAUGCUCUCCCAACAGUACCAACAGUUGGGUAUGAAUUACUCAGUAACCCAAAAUGAAAAUGAAUACGACAGAUACUUAGCCGGUCACAAAAAGUUAAAGAAGAAAAAGAAGAAGAAGGAUAAACGCCACAAGCACCACCACAAGGACAAGAAACGAAAAAGAGAGGAAUCCUCUCAGGAGUCAGUUGGCGAUGCCGAUGAGAGCCUUCUUGAGCUUCCGGCUAAAGUCGCUCAUCUGGUGCCGUCGAAACUAGCGUCAAGUAGCUCCCUCUCGCCUCAUCGAGAACCGAGAACAUGUGUGCUGAAGAAAAUAGCGGAGAAGACGCCUCUUCAGAGACUUCUGGAGCACCUUCUCCGCUCGAUGGAGAAGAGGGAUCCUCAGCAGUUCUUCGCCUGGCCAGUGACUGAUAAUUUCGCCCCAGGAUACUCCCAGAUCAUCACCAACCCCAUGGACUUCAGCACAAUCAACAAGAAGAUCGAAGACAACAUCUACACAAAUGUCAACGAAUUUGUGGAGGACUUCAAACUCAUGUGUGACAAUGCGAUGGUCUAUAACCAUCCUGAAACAAUCUACUACAAAGCGGCGAAGAAACUCCUCCAUGUUGGUUUGAAAAUGGUGACACCAGAGAAGUUGAGGCAAUUGAGACCGGUGUUGACCUACAUGCACGAUAUCCCAAGGGACGAACUAGGCUUCGAACUUGGAGUGGAGGACCCCAAUAAUCCCGAUGUUCUGGUGACUGAGGAGCAGAUCGAGAAGGAGAGGGAACAAGAGGAAAGGAAUGAAGAGGCUGAAGAGUUGAGAAAGGAGCAUCAGAGGAAGAUGAGACUUGCGAGUUUAGGAAAGUUUGAAGCGAUUCCAGACGAUCUCACGCCGGAUGAGAUUCUCAAGCAGGCGAGGAGUGCAGCUAAGACAGCUUCGGACAAACUAUCAAUGAAGAGGAUCAACUCGAAGAUGGGAUUUUUGAGACAGAAGAAGGAUGGAACCACCAGUCUACAGAUCAUCGUGCAUGGAGAUGGUGUCAUCCCCGGGACUAAUCAGCGACCUGUCUCCCUGGGUCAAUUAAUAGGAAAAUUAAGCCAUGGAACGGGAUCUCUUGCUGGUUUCCGAGAAGACAGGAGGAAUAUGUCCAAGCCUGUUAAGCCACUUUAUUACGGAGCUUUCGGAUCUUAUGCACCGAGCUAUGAUUCAACUUUUGCGAAUCUCACGAAGGAGGAGACAGAGCUGGUUUAUUCGACUUAUGGAGAUGAGACUGCAGUGCAGUAUGCUGAAUCGAUUCUAGAUUUCGCAAAGGAUUGUGAUUAUACACUAACGAUGGUUGAUGAUUUAUUGGAUAUUCUGACGAGUGGGGAUCACAGAAAGACGAAGAAGUUGCUGGAGGAGAAGAGAAGACUGAAAGAGGAGGAGGAGAAGAUCAAGCACCUGUUGGAAAAACCUAUUCAAGAGGUCAAUAGGAACACACAAGUGGAGAACGUGAAGGUUGAUGUCGAUCAACUGAAGACGCUUUCGGAGCUGGGGAUUGAUGUCAACUUUUUAGAAGAAUACGAAGAGGAAUUGAAAUCAACUGAGGAACGCGCAGCUCUUCAGUCUCGUCUGGACGACACAUCCCAGAUGUUGGGUCGUCUGAGGCAAGCCCAACAUGAUCGUCUGUCAGCACCUCCUCCGGCGCACUUGUCCAACGUUCCCAAGGCACCAGAGGUUGAAACAGCCCUUGCUGAGAAGAUCACCGAUAAUUUAACAACAAUCGCCAAGAAGUUACCUCCAUCAGCGAUUGCCCCAGUGGACGGCCUUCGACGUGCCAUGGGCAUCGCUCCAGUCGGUGGACCGGAGCCAAUGGAAGUAGAACCAAUUACUCACAACCCCACGAUUGUAGCUGAAAGCACUCUUGUACCACAAAUCAACAACAAUCAGGUCUCUAGCAUGAUACAAACAGCGUCACCAAUGCAAACCACCAUCAUGAGUCCUGGUAGUCAAACAAAUCCAAUAAUUGGCAUAGUCAGCCAAUCGCAAACACCGAUGCAGAUCCAAAUUGGCUUAUCUCACAAUCAGUCUGGGUUACUGGGGCCGAAUGAGUCCACUGGAGUUCCAGAUCUCGAGUCUGAAUUGAGGGAAUUUUUGGAGAGUGAUCCCACCCUUGGGCACUCACCUUUACACGAUGACAAAACUCUCGAAGACAUUUUGUCUGAGUCUUAACACUUGUUACUUUGGAAUUAUGGUAAUGAGAGGGGAAUUGGGGGAAACUUCCAGAUUUGGGUUGGAAAGUUACUUUUGUAUUCUCUUGUCAGUUGUAAAUUUAUAAUUGAGGUACAAGUUGAUGAGAGUAAGGAAUGGCUUCAUUAAGGAGUAGAUUCCUUUUGUUAAUAUUAAAUGAGUCGAGAAACUCCAAUUUUUUUUCAAUUAAUUUUUUUUUGUUUACACCAGGUAGAUGUAAAGGUGUGUAUGGCGUUGGAUAAAAAUAAAUGAGUUUUUUAAUUAUUUAA